UGCAAUGCAUUCAUCUAUCCACACAGGCUUAACGAUGAAGUUGACAACCUCAACAGUGACACCAAAACAUCACCAGGAAGUCACAUUAUCCUGCACAGUGGGCGACGCAGCUGGUUUUACCUAUCGUGUGCAUAUACGUCGGGUACAAGGCCGCAAUUCCUACAGCAACUUGGCUAAUUUUUAUCAGAAGGCAUCACAAUGUACUGCAAAUAAGAUCGAAUUAUCGGAACUCGUUGGAACAACAAGUACAUUUUGUGGAUCUGGAACUAGCAAUACUACUUCAACGUCCAAGGAAUACGGCAUUACCAUAGCAGUUAACGUCGGAGAGAUGACCGAUUACUAUUGCACUAUAUACAUCGACUACGACCAAAACUACUACAGCAACUUUGUUAACUUGACAGCUAUAAAUAAAGUUGAAUGCGCAUCACUGAACAUUUCUGGAGGUGGAGAUGUACUGACAGUGACUGAGGGUAAAGAGUAUGAUGGAUUCACAUGCAACACCGGAAAUGCCAACCCGGAACCGGAAAUCAGCCUCAAACUGAAUGAUACAUCCUCCACUGAUCUGUCUGUUCGUAAACUAAAAUCAAGAACGCGAAUAGAAGGUCGACUGACAUUUUGCAGCCAUUUAGCAAACGAUGAAACGAAUACAUUUCUUACAAGCAUAAAUGUAGCCUAUGUCCCAGAGAGAUGUCACGAUGGCAACUAUGUCUACUGCUCAGCCAGGAACAGUGAGAUGGGAAUCAACGAAGAGGUGACCUCCAACAGUAUACGUCUCAUCGUUCAGUAUGGACCUCUAGAAAGUGGCAUGACCUUCAACCUUGCUGAAGACACCUAUACUAUAGACGAAUCUGGAUCAGUGACAGUGAACUGUUCAGUAAACUGCAAGCCGGAUUGUACAUACACCUGGACCUACCUGGAUAGAGGUAUCUCUACGGGCAAUUGUCUACAUCUGACCAACAUCACUCGACAAGAGGCUGGGUAUUACAAGUGUACGGCGAGAAAUCCAGGAUCUGGGAUCACUGCUGACAAAUAUUUCAAAUUAUACGUGGAGAAUUCGUGUUUCCCCGUUCGUGUUGCCGUUGGGCCGGGCGUUGUGAUCGGACUUGCCGUGGGAAUCGUCGCUGUCACUAUAUAUUGUGUAGCAAGACGACAAUGUGCACAGAGUACAACAUCGAAAAAAGGAGAUCAUGUAUAUGACAGCACGUCUGUGAGGAACAAUGAAAACCAAAACGAAGAAGCAAACUAUGAUGUUUUGAGACCUUAACUCGAACUUCACUGUUAUGAAAUUACAACCAGGACAGUUGCAUGCUCGUAGAUUGUGCGGUCUUAAAGGGAAAUAUUAUUAACACAUUUAGCGCAUCUAUAGCGCACAUGGGUGGACUCAUUAUCUAGCAGAGCGACAGUGGACAGCAAUCACGGGAUUGUAAUUUCGUAUUCAAUAAAAUAUUGCAUGUCUUAGUGUAACUUGGUUAAAAUGUGGGUAAUUGUGGUCGACAAUAAUCGACUAGUUCGUCACGGCUGACAGUCAGAUUAUUUUAUGACAUCGGCAUCAGAACAUAAAUAUAUGUGGGAACAAUGAUCGCACCCCUACUCCAUCCAUACCCACGAUGGAAGUUAAUAUUUAGGAUACAUUUUCGCUUUUAAUGAAAUUAAUAUGAACAUUCUUUUUUCCGUCCUCACCCAGUAACAAUAUACUGAAGAAACAUAUUGUGCAUGUCACCAGUGGAUUAAUAUAUAUUCUGGAUAUCAUUAAUUUCUCUAUAUCAGUUACAUAAAAGAUAUAGCUGUAAAACGUAGGCUCAGCAUGAGAUCAGCAUAUGGAGAUAUGAUGUCCUGCUUGUUAAAAUUUGUUUGUCUUAUCAUUGAAUUAGAUGUAGAUGAUAUAUACUAAUUUCGUUAACAAGAUAACCUUAUUGUAUCGCAUUGCAAUGACCAGCAAUUAUAAUACAAUAUUGGAUAUAUAAUUUGUUUUAUUAAACGACACCACUAGAGUACACUGAUUUAUUAGUCAUUGCUUGUUGGAUAUCAAUCAUUUGGUAUUUUUUCUUUCAGCCUUAGGAGAUAGCCCGCUACAUUUUACAUUAGUGGCAAGGGAUCUUUUAUAUGCACCAUCUCAUAGACAGGGUAGCACUGAUACUGGCUGGAACGAGAAUAUUGAAUAUAUAUUUCGCAUUGUACAACAUAUAUAUUCCUCUAAUGACAGCGAUGCUCAUGUUUGGGAUUUAAAUAAAUGUAUUAUAGCGUGUACAUACUAGUAAAUAAACAUUGCUUGAAAUGAAG